GAGCCAGCGACGGAGGAAACACAACAAAUUCAACUGCAUUUCCGUCCAGGCCGAGCACUGCUUGACACAUUUUAUCAAGGAUUUUUACGUUGAACGCAGCGACUCGUUCAGUAGCACGUCAGCAUAAUGGCGGGUAAUGGGGCGAAAAUGGGGACGGGGCAUAUGAUUGGGCUCGGCGCUGGUCUGUGUGUCUGCGGAUUACUGUUGAUUAUCCUGGAUAUCGUCUUCUUCGCUUUGUACAUCCCCAUAACCGGAUCGACCGGCAUCAUCUUCGGCAUCUUCUACAUCAUCACCGGCGCGAUAACGAUCGCCGCCGGGAAAACCACGCAGGCCAACCAGGACAACGCCCGCUGCCUGAUGAUCGCCGCCCUGGUGCUCAGCAUCCUGUCGCUGCUGGACGCCUUCGGUAUGCUCAUCUUCGCCAUUCUCCUGACCAUCCUGUGGCCGGUGGUGGCGGUCGUGCUGGUCCUGCAUGUGCUGGUGUUGGCCAUCUGUGUCGGCGUCAUCGUGGUAAUGGCUGGCUGCCCCGCCCUGCAUGCCCGCACCACCCAGACCAUGGUGGUUACCCAUCUGUACGCGCCGCAACCGACGGGAGGUGCUCCACCUGGCUAUACGACGGCAGAAACCCUGCCGAUUUACCCGACUGGUCAGUUCUAUCCGGUUUAUCCACAACAGAAAGUCUGAGGCGUCUCCGCGAGGAAAUGCAUGGAUGGCGUUAUGUUGAAGCAAAUAUCGUCUACUCGAUCUGCCAUAUUCUGAUCAUGUCUACCAGUUCUAAUUAUCUUGUUAUAAGCGCAGCGUGGCUGUGUAGAUUUACCACUGGCUGACCAUUCAGUUUUUUUACCAUUCUAGCUCGUUCUCGUUUUAGCAAACCGAUUUAAAAGCGUAAUAGAAUUUGUUUAGUGAAAUCUUAACGUGUAACAAGAGCACCUUUUCUCCAUAUUUUGCAUUUAAACACUCUAACAACUGUCAUCGGAUUACAAGCACUCGUGCAUACCAAAUUAAACGAAU